AUGAGAGCCUUUCUGGAUUUGAAAGGUGAUGAUAAGGGAGCUAUUAUAAAUCCAUUUAUUGGAGAGAAGAGUUCUAUUUUGCAGGAAACAAGGAACUUUAACCAAGCUCCUUUAAAUUCAAAAAAGUGUUGCACAAUCCUAACAAAAGUGUUACAUAUGAUCAAUAGUUAUGAGAAAUUAACAGAUGUAGAAUGGUCAGAUCUAUUUUUUGGUAUAACCCGACUCUUUCAGUCCAAUGAUGAACAGCUAAGAAGACUAUUAUAUUUGUCUAUAAAGAGCUUGAAAGUAAAUGAAAGUGAAGCAUUUGUUGUAAUAAGUUCACUGAUUAAGGAUAUGAAUAGUAGUAAUGACUGUUAUAGAGCAAAUUCACUGAGAGUCAUGAGUAAGAUUGCUGAUUAUGCAAUGAUUAAUCAAAUUGAGAGAUAUUUGAAAUCAGCUAUUGUGGAUAAAAAUUCAUUUGUGGCAAGUUGUGCUUUGAUCUGCGGCUAUAAUUUAUCUCUUAGAGGAUACAGCGAAGUUCCAAGACGUUGGCUUAAUGAAAUUAGUGAGUGCGUACAGAAUCGUGAUGGGAUGGUACAAUACCAUGCAAUAACUCUACUAUUUGAGCUGAGACAGAAUGACUGUCUUGCAACUCAAAAAAUUGUUGAAAUGCUACUUAAAUUACCAGUGAAGUCAACAUAUAGUGAAUGUCUUAUGUUAAGACAAAUGAUUAAUAUCUUCUUUAUUUUGGUAAAAAAUGAGACACUGAGUAAUUUGGGGAAUAGCGUAGCAUGGAUACUAGAUUGUCUCCAUACUACACUUAGGCAUAGAGAUGAGAUUGUUGCUUUGGAGGCUGCCUGUAGUAUUUGUAGUAUAUUACUAAAUCUUGAGGACCAAGAUAGUUCAAGACUGUCUAGUAUGAUUGACUUUAAUCAACUAACAAAUGCACUACAAAUGCUGUUGAGCUCUAACAAAUCGGUAGCUAGAUUUGCAGCUGUAAGAAUUCUAAAUGAACUAGCUAAUGUCAAACCGAAUAUAGUCUUAAAAUGCCAACAUGAUUUGGAACCAUUACUAACAGACUCUAAUCGUAUAAUGGCAACAUUAGUUUUAACGAUUUUAUUGAAGAUAGCACAAGAGGGUAAUUUGGAAAGAUUAGUUAAACAAAUUCCUUCAUUUAUUUCAGAUAUAAAUGAUAGUUGUAAGAAAGAUAUAAUCAAGGCAACUAAAAGUUUAAUAAUUAAAUAUCCAAGUAAACACAAAAGUAUUCUUACAUUCUUGUCAUCCAAUCUACGUGAAGAAGGUAGUCUAGAUUUUAAAUCUUAUGUAAUCGAUGUAUUCUUUGAUAUUGCUCUACAGUUACCCAAUAUAUUGGAAAAUAUAUUAUAUCAUGUAUGUGAAAUAAUUGAAGAUUGUGAAUAUCCCUUAAUCACAAUUAGAAUUCUCGGAUUUAUUGGGAAAUAUGCACCAGAAACAAGCAAUCCAUCUAGAUAUGUCAGAUAUAUCUAUAAUCGUCUUAUAUUAGAGAAUUCGCCUGUAAGAGCUGCAAGCAUUGAUUCAUUAGUAAGAAUUGCUAUUUUUUGUCCACACCUGAGUGGUGAUAUAAGAACAUUACUGCAAAUAUGUACUAAUGAUAAUGAUGAUGAAGUUAGAGAUAGAACUCAUGCAUAUUCUAAGAUUAUUGACUAUUGCAAUUCUACAUCUGAUGGAACAGAUUCGGAUACACACGACUACUUUGAAGAUAUAUCUAAUAAUGAUGUGCUACAAAUAGAUCAUUUGUGUUCAUAUUUAACUGAGAAGUUACCAUCUGAACCUGAAAUUGUCAUUAAUUUCGAUUCAGUUCAAACAGCAAUACCAGAAGAUAUUACAUCAAAUUACAAUAAUUCACUUACUGAGACGAAACAACAAUCAAUGGAAUCACUAAGUAAUAAUACUACUGUAAAUGUAUCUAAUUUGUGUGAAAAAUUAGCAACAAUAAUAAUGAGAGAAGAUCUAGGCAAACAUAUGUUUACAUCAAUAGCAACUCCAUUAACUGAGAAUGAAGCCGAAUAUAUUGUGCACCUAAGGAAACAUUUCUUUAAUGAAGGUAGAAUUAUUGUUUUAGAGUUUCAAAUUGUAAAUACUCUAAAUGAACAAAUACUGAAGGAUGUUAGCAUAGAAUUUGGAGUGAUCCCAUCUAGUAGUAUUUCAAUUAUUGGAACUGUGACAAUCCCAAUUUUGGAAUCCAAUCAAAUGGGGAGUGUGUAUGUUCUAUUGAAGAAUCUUCAAGAUGAACAAAUACCUAUUAAAAUUAAUUCAUGGUCUUGUAGAUUAAGUUAUAUAUUGUGUGAGUAUUGUGACCCUGAUAACGGAUAUAAUGAUAUAUUUACAGUAGAACCAAUUAAUUUCUCCUAUAAUGACUAUAUACUCCCAAAUGCACUCAGAUUUGGGGAAUUUAAGAAUAUGUGGUAUAUCUUAGAGACUCAUGGUUUUGAGGUUAUUGCAAAGUUUGCAUUUUCGUAUAAGAGUAUUUCAAGUGCAAUAGAUGGCCUGCUAAAUCUUACUAACUCAUAUGCCUGUGAUAAUACGGAGGAUAUUCGUCCCGAGGCCAAAAAUCAUACACUUCUAUUUUCAGGAUCUUAUUUGGGUUCAUAUCCUUUUUUAGGUAUUGCUGUUAUUGUUUACAAUGUAGAAUAUGGCUGUCUUGUAAAGAUUACCUGUAGAUCGAAAGACGAGGCAAUUUGUCAUAAUGUUAUCAAGUGCUUUGAUGCAUAG